CUCUCUUUCUCUCUCUCUCUAUUCUCUUUCUCUCUCUCUCUUUUCUGCAGCUGCAGCAAACAUUUAGAUCUGUGGACAAAUUAAACACAAUAAAACUAAAUCCUAUUAUUUAACUGUAGGUUUAGUUUUUGAGGAGUUUAGUUGCAACUACUCUAUAUAAAUAUUUUACAUAUUUUAUAUUAUUAUUGUUAUUUUUAGAUUAAUGCACAUAUUAGUAUGUUACGAUUUAUUUAAUGCACCAUAAUAACUUAUUGCAUUAUUUUGUGCACCCCAUGCAAUACAGGGGUUCAAAGUUUGAAAAGGCCUAUAAGAAAAAUAAAUAUCUUCACUUAAUCAAAUGUAUUAUAUAUUUUUUAAGGGGGGGGCAAGGUCAUUGAAAAAAUGCUGCAGCACUUCUUCUUCUGCAUAUCUGCUGGCCCCACGUUAUAUUCAAUUAGGGCAGGCCCCUCCCCUUAACUGAUGACACUGACAGACCCUCCUUAAGUUGCGUCGCGCCACAGCUGUCUGCGAGCAUUGAGCUGCCUGGCGCCAUCCUGAAAGAAUGCCUUCACUGUAAAAAAAAAAAAAAAGGGGGCUGGAGAAAGAGAGCGAGAGAGAGAGAGAGAGAGAGGUAGACUAGAGCAAGGGUGAGAGAGUCAGAGCCACACGGAGCCAGAGAGCGAGAGAGAGAGAGAGCGAGAGCGAGAGAGAGAGCGGAGUUAAUGGAGAGGGAUACAACUGCGCACAAACACAGAUUUGAUCAGUGAGUUUAACUUGCUGGUGCUGGUCAGUGCGCAGCGAUCGAGCCCGCGCGCCCUCGACUCAAACCUCCACUUUACUUGUUGAACCGGACUCGAACACACACACACACGCACACACACCGAGACGAGGAAGAAGUUCAGGAACCGUGCGUCGGGCUGCUGGAUUCCAUUUUGGACGUUAUUUAUAUGACAACACCGUUGUUGCAUUUGUAAUGUGGGGUGACCAGAAGCGAGCGCGGAACCUGUGGAUUUAACGAGAAUAAUCACGGAUUUGGGACAGACUCUUUCUUCUCUUGUGACGUGCACCGGUUUGCUUCGGCGUGCAUGAACAUUUUCUGAAGAAGAAACCCCCCCACUCACACGCACACACACAGAAAACAAGAGAAAAAGGCAAAGCGAUGGAAGUAAGUGCGGAUCAGCCACGAUGGAUGAGCCAUCAUCCCGCGGUGUUGAACGAGCAGCAUCCCGGCUCACACCACCCGGGCCUCGGCCACUCAUACAUGGACCCUUCCCAGUAUCAGCUCGCUGACGAUGUGGAUGUACUGUUUAAUAUCGAUGGACAGGGGAACCACGUCUCUCCAUACUAUGGAAACUCUGUCCGAGCCGUCCAGAGGUACCCUCCUCCUCCUCACAGUAGCCAGGUGUGCCGUCCCUCAUUACUGCACGGCUCCCUGCCCUGGCUGGAGGGGAGCAAAGGCAUCCCCCCGCACCACAGCACUUCUCCCUGGAACCUGAGCCCCUUCCAAAAGAACCCCCUGCACCACGGAUCCCCGGCCAGCCUGUCCGUCUACCCCUCGGCCUCCUCCUCCUCCCUGUCCACCGGCCACUCCAGUCCGCACCUCUUCACGUUUCCCCCCACCCCACCGAAAGACGUGUCCCCGGACCCGGGCUUAUCCACCCCGGGCAGCAGCUCCGGGCGGCAGGAGGACAAAGAGUGCAUAAAGUACCAGGUGACCCUGGCCGAGAGUAUGAAACUGGAGUCAGCUCACAGCCGGAGCGUGGCCGGGUCAGGCUCCCACCAUCACCCCAUCGCCACAUACCCACAAUAUGUCCCCGAAUACGGGCCAGGCCUCUUCCCACCAAGUAGCCUGAUAGGUGGGUCAUCUUCUAGUUAUGGUUCCAAAACAAGACCAAAAACAAGGUCCUGUUCAGAGGGCAGAGAGUGUGUGAACUGCGGGGCCACGUCGACCCCCCUGUGGCGGCGGGACGGUACGGGUCACUAUCUGUGUAACGCCUGCGGACUCUAUCACAAGAUGAACGGGCAGAAUCGCCCCCUCAUCAAGCCCAAGCGGCGGCUGUCGGCAGCCAGGCGGGCGGGGACCUCGUGUGCAAACUGUCAAACGACAACGACGACGCUGUGGCGGAGAAACGCCAACGGGGACCCGGUGUGCAACGCCUGCGGCCUCUACUUCAAACUGCACAAUAUCAACCGACCUCUGACCAUGAAGAAGGAAGGCAUCCAGACCAGGAACCGGAAGAUGUCCAGCAAGUCCAAGAAGAGCAAAAAGUCCCAAGACACCAUGGACGACUUCUCCAAGAGCCUGAUGGACAAGAGCAGCUCCUUCAGCCCGGCCGCCCUCUCCCGCCACAUGUCGUCCUUCCCGCCCUUCUCGCACUCCGGCCACAUGCUGAGCACCCCCACCCCCAUGCACCCUUCCUCCGGCCUCUCAUUCGGCCCCCACCACCCCUCCAGUAUGGUCUCAGCCAUGGGUUAGACGGACCCUCGGCCCCACCACCACCACC